CACACAUAUAUAUAUAUAUAUAUAUAUAUAUAUAUAUAUAUAUAUAUAUAUAUAUCCCGACCGUUGUUGCUACGUUGACGUGGUGGUCGGGCUUGCUUAUCGUGAUGAAGCAACCGAGCUAUACUGGCUGGAACAACCGUUCCUCAAAGUCCUACCAUGUCAGACAGCUCGGUUGAAGAGCGGUAAGACUAAAACCAGCAAACCCUAGGUCCGAAGGCAAAGUCGUACUGCUGAUUGUACAGAGGUGUGAUCGCAGUAAGGUGUUUCCUUCAGACAACCAGCAUGACAGCGAUGCUGCCUUCCCACAAGGAGGGGUGGGGUUAGAAAAGGUCGACCCUAAAAAUGCACACCUCGCCUUAUCCCACGGAUAUACGUCUCCGGCGGUAAGGUCUCAAUAAGUACGGAGCUAACACAAAAAUUACCUAUAACAAGGUCGUGUGUGACCGACAUCAAGCAGUUGUCCCUUGGGCACUGCGGUCACGCUCUCAGUUCACUAAGACCACCUUUAAUCCAACUUCCUUUUCAGGUACCUCCAGAACAACCCUUCCUCGGUGUGGGCAACCGGGAAGUGAUAACCGCCCUCAUACCUCUAACAGCACCCAAGACCACUGUAUUCAUAAUCAACCUCCGUCUUCAAUUCCUAUUAUUCCUCCUACAUCGACUUUCAACUCUAAACUUCCUCUUUCGGCUUCCUCCUCAAGUGUCACCAUAGCCAACGAUUCUAGUGUUCAAAACUCUGUCCCAGGUCUACUGAAACCUCGCUCCAAACUACACAUUGGAACCUUCAACGUACGCACCCUAUGUCAAAUCGGUCAGCAGGCUUCCUUGGCUAAAACCCUAGACUCUCUUUCCAUUGAUGUAUGCUGUGUCUCCGAAACACGCAUACAGGAUUCCAGUGUGGUCAUUCACUUGACCUCAACUCGAGAAAACCGAGAGUGGACGAGAUACAUCCUCCAUGUAUCUGCCGACCUGAUUUCUAGUCCUCGUGAACUGAAAGGUGUAGGCAUAGCACUAGGUACGAAGGCAGAACAAGCACUAUUAGAGUGGAUCCCCGUCAACAGUCGUCUAUGUACUGUUCGGCUAAACGGCUCCGUAAGAACUCAGAAGGAUACAGACACACUUCGUUGCCUUUUCGUCGUUCCUGCCUACGCUCCCACUGACUGCAGCUCGAAUAAAGUGAAAGAUGAAUUUUACAGAAAGCUUUCUGAACUUCUUCAGAAAGCUAAACGCUCAGACAUAGUACUCGUAGGGGGUGACUUUAAUACCCAAGUAGGUAGCUUAAACCAAGCAGAAAGACAUUUUGGUGGAUAUUUUAGUAUUCCGGCUCAGUGAACAGAAAAUGGUGAUCGUCUGCUGCAACUGUGCUCAGAUGAUCGUUUAUUUUUGGCAAACACAAAUUUUAAGCAUAAGGAGAGACAUCGUCUAACAUGGAGACCCCAUGCACCAAACCAACGAUGGACUCAAAUAGACCACAUUGCCAUCAGUCAUCGUUGGAGAGGGUCGGUAGAAGAUUGUCGCUCAUUCUGGAGUACCUGCUUGGACUCCGACCAUGCCCUAAUACGGGCACGCAUCUGCUUGCGCCUCACUGGACGCAAAAAAGCCACAUUAAAAAGACCCAUUAGAACUGAGUUGAGUAACGAGAAAACCAAAAGUAGGUUCCAGGAACAACUGAGGUCACACUUAGGUAGUUGUGAAGACGAGGCUGACCCAGAUGUUGCUUGGAAGGGCAUACAAUCAGCUGUGGAAACAGCAGUGACAUCUAUUAGUGACUUAAACCACAGAGUUACAAGGAACCAGUGGAUUUCUUCAAGGUCUGUCACACUGAUGGAUUCUCGCAAACUCGUCCCAUCAGGUUCUGAACAUGAUGAAGAGCGUAAACAAAUCAGAUCUAGGUUAAGAAAAAGUCUAAGGAACGACCGUGAGCAGUGGUGGGUAACGAAAGCAAAAGAGAUGGAAAAGGCGGCGACUAUAGGGAACACAAGACAGCUUUACAGACUAAUAAAAGAAACUGGAAUUAAUAAGUCAAGUGUAAGUGAGAUUAUUUCGGAAAAAGAUGAUACUCUCAUCUGCUCCCAGUCCAGACGUUUAGAACGAUGGGCGGAACAUUUUAGAGAACAGUUCAGCUGGCCUUCAGCUACUCUACAACUACCCUCCAUUCCCAGACAAAGUGAAUGGAACAUUGAAGUAGGUCCCCCAACCCUUGCUGAAGUUCAAAAGGCUAUAGUUAAUCUGUCUCCGGCGGUAAGGCCCUUUGAAGAACGGAGCUAACACGUCAAAAACCUCCCACGAAGAGGCCGUGCGCGACCGGCCUCAAGCAGUUGUCCCUUGGGCACUGCGGUCAGCUCUUAGGUCACUGAGACCGCCUCUAAUCCAACUUCCUUUUCAGGUACCUCCAGAACAACCCUUCCUCGGUGUGGGCAACCGGGAAGUGAUAACCGCCCUCAUACCUCUAACAGCACCCAAGACCACUGUAUUCAUAAUCAACCUCCGUCUUCAAUUCCUAUUAUUCCUCCUACAUCGACUUUCAACUCUAAACUUCCUCUUUCGGCUUCCUCCUCAAGUGUCACCAUAGCCAACGAUUCUAGUGUUCAAAACUCUGUCCCAGGUCUACUGAAACCUCGCUCCAAACUACACAUUGGAACCUUCAACGUACGCACCCUAUGUCAAAUCGGUCAGCAGGCUUCCUUGGCUAAAACCCUAGACUCUCUUUCCAUUGAUGUAUGCUGUGUCUCCGAAACACGCAUACAGGAUUCCAGUGUGGUCAUUCACUUGACCUCAACUCGAGAAAACCGAGAGUGGACGAGAUACAUCCUCCAUGUAUCUGCCGACCUGAUUUCUAGUCCUCGUGAACUGAAAGGUGUAGGCAUAGCACUAGGUACGAAGGCAGAACAAGCACUAUUAGAGUGGAUCCCCGUCAACAGUCGUCUAUGUACUGUUCGGCUAAACGGCUCCGUAAGAACUCAGAAGGAUACAGACACACUUCGUUGCCUUUUCGUCGUUCCUGCCUACGCUCCCACUGACUGCAGCUCGAAUAAAGUGAA